UUCAGCUUAUUUCCGCCAAAUCCAGUCGUCGGACAGUUAAAUUUGCUCUCGCCUUUUUUCAGAUUAUAAAAUUCUGAAUAAAAUGAAAUCACUUGGAGCUCUUUAUAUAUUGACAAACUUAGAUUUCAGAGCUCCUCUACAUAACUUUUUGAACAUUGACCUGUUAAUACGAUUGUUAUCAGAAAUUAUACUAAAAACGUUGCAUCCUGAUUCAGUCAACAACUCUAAGAUUUGUAGAGUGAGAUCAUAUAACUGAUCUCCUGUUAAAUUUUUACAAGGAGAUAAGCCUACAACAUAACAGAGAGGAUACCAUGAAUGUUUGUAUAGUUGUUGCUAAAUUGCAUGAAUUUUCAUUUGAUUGAACAGCUAAACCUUCGAAUUUUCUACCUUUAUAAUAUGUUAUUUCGGGCUUGACAUAGAUUUAGUCAAUCCACAAUAUUACUUUUGUGUAUAGCUGGAAGCCAUAUUUCAGCCCCAUUUAAGUCCUUGGGGAACGAAAAUACUGAUACCUUAGAUAAUCUAUCAUAAUUGCUUCUAAAGCCUGGUACACAGCAUAUAUAAGGCAUGAUUAACUGCACUGCACAUAAUCACCGAUGCAUUACCCACAUGAGCUAACGCUUGGAACUGAGCGAGUCGAUGCUAUUUUAGUUCAUACGGAGCUCAAAAAUUCAAUUGGGGUAGUAUCAAUUAUUAAAUGGAGGUUUCAACGUAUCUAUUUCAGUGGGGGAAUACGGGAAUCCCCGGGACACAGUCCGACAAGUCUUGUGACCUACCAUUACCCAAAGUGGUAGGGGAAGAGCACGGCCAGUUCAUCUAGAGUGUCCUUGCUUGAAUGGUUCUGAUGGCGUGAUGACAAUUUUCACCUAACACGGUUCUCCCAUUUAUGCUAAUGUGGAGGAUAAUCUAAGUAGUGUUUUUUGUAAUUAGUAUUGUAUCCUAAUUCAGUAGUGGAGGAAGUAGUGUGUUUAGUUCGGUUCAGAGGUCACAUGUAAUAAUUAUUUUCUAUACAGUACCUAAUGGCAUUAAGGGAGAUUCCCGGGGUACGUCGUGGUGCGACACUUUUCACUUGCAACGAUGGUUUCUAUUACCAGUAUAUUAGCAUAUCAAGGGUGAAAACACAUUACCGUUGCUACUUAAACACGUGUAGAGCUAGGAUUUGGGUUGAACAUAGAAGUAAAAACAUUACAAAUAAUGAAAAUUUCCCUUGCCAUAAUCACAGCCCAGAUCCUCUGCUAGAAGCUAAGCAUGUGCUACGAGAAGCAAUAUUUCAGCGGGCCGAACGUGAAUCAACACAGCUGAAAAGGAUUUUUGACGAGGAGUGCAAUAAAGUUUCCAGUGAAGUAGCCCAAAGUUUGGCCUUUGGAACAAUCGAAUCAUCGAUGCGGAAAUGUAGAAAAUUGAAUUUUCCGAGACUUCCAACUUCUGCCAUCGAUUUUGCUGAUAUGUUGAAGGCAGAGGAGUGGGCUGGAUUCUCAGAAACAGAAUAGAAAGAUCUAUUGUUGUUGAACUGAAGUUUUUACACUCAACACUAUAAUGGCUGCAACAAUCGUGGGGAGAUGCGUAAAAUAAUGAAAAAAUUCAUGAGAUUGAAGAGAAUAAGGUGCUCUAUAGGCUCAUGAUUGGC